AUGGAAAUUAUCAAUACAAUUGAUUCGAAAGAGAAGAUAGAAGCAAGAGAUAAUACUUUGAUGCAAAACAAUGAACAAGCAAGUAUCAUUGAAAUUAAAUCAGAAAAAGGACCAAGUACAGGAAUUUUGGCUGUCAUUUGUUUGAUGUCACUUUUAACUUUGGCAAUGACAUUGAUAUCAGGUUUAUACAUCAUUAAACUGAACACAAACAUAAAGAACUUAAAUGGCUGGAAUAUUUACUCAGCAAUGAGAGUUUCUUUAUUAGCUGAAUCCUUGAAUAUGUUAGUUUCUUGUGUCAUUGUUCAUGAUUAUCCAUAUGAUUUCACAUGGUCAUCAAUGGAUGAUUUAGUUACUUCUACUUAUUUCGUUACGAGCAAAUUAGUUGAUGCUGAUAAUAAACUAAUUAAUGGAUCAGAUACAACAGUUCCUAUCCAAGGUUUCGAUGAAACUCUUGAUAAUAUCAAUAUUUAUGAUGAUUUAAUGCAAAAUACAAGUACAUUAGAUCCACAAGAAUACUAUAAUAAUUUAUCAGCACAUUCUUUAAUUGGUGUCUAUUCUAAUUACGUAACUUCUAUUAUGACACAAAUAUCAAAUGGUCAGAAUUUGUCAGUUCCUGAUGUUGCUAAUGCAAUUUAUAUUCCUAAUGAUAGAUUGAUCUACAAAUUAAUACAAUCUAGAAAACGUUGUUCUGAAUUGGCAACUGACCAAUUAUCAAAACUGAAAAUCUUUUACAUUAUUAUUGCUGUUUGUGUAAUAUUUUGUGUUGGUGUUUAUAUUACUUUUGUUGCAAUGUAUUAUAAUAACAGAUUACGUACAUAUCGUGCUGCUUUGUUCAUUGUUAAGAGAUUUUCUCCAUAUGUUUUACUUUCCAACAAAAUGUUCAAUAAAGUUUUCCUUAAAGGAAACAACCUCAAAAACAACAAGAAAAUGUCUAUUGAACAUUCUAUCAUUCAGAACGCAAAUGACUCUAUAUUCUGCACAUCAUUACAAGGAACAGUUGAAACAGUUAAUGACUCUGUUCAAAGACUACUUGAUUAUACACCUGAACAGUUACUUGGCCAGAAAGUUGAUUUGUUCUUCGCAAAUGCUGAUGGAGAAACAUUACGUCAAAAACUCGAAAUGAUGAAAGAAGGACAGAUUUCUCAAUUUUACGAAGAUGAUUUCACAGCAAUCUCUGAUACAACACAAGAAAUUCCUGUCCAUACAUCAAUCAUCGGCAUGAUCAAAGAAAAUGAAACAAAAAUCAACUCAUUUGUAAUUAUUUUAAGAGAUCAAACAGCAUUAGUUAAACAAAAGAAACAAGCUGAAGAUGCAAAAGCUAAAUCCGAAAAACUUCUUUAUCAGAUUCUUCCACGUGAUAUUGUUUUGCAACUUAACAAAAGUGAGAAAGAUAUUUCUUUUGUUGUUCCUUCAGCGACGAUUAUUUUUGUUGAUAUCAACCGAUUCUCAGAAUACGCAGCAAACUUGAGUCCACAAGAUAUCAUGGCCAAUUUAUCACUUUAUUUUGCAUGUUUGGAUAAAAUGGCAUCUCGACAUAACAUGAUCCAAAAGAUCAAGUUGAUUGGGGAUAUCUAUAUGGCAGCUACCGGCUUGUUCAAUCCAGAUGUCUCUCCAGAAAGCCAUGCAGAACAAUCAAUUAUUUUUGGAUUCGAAUGUAUCCAAUCAUUGGAUGAAAUCAACAUGCGAUUGGAAGCAAACUUGGCGAUCAGAAUUGGCAUCAACAGUGGUGGUCCAAUCAUUGCAGGUGUUUUAGGCACUGAUAAACCUGUCUUCGAUAUCAUUGGUGAUGCUAUAAACAUCUCAGCGAGAUUGCAGACAACAUGCGAAAUCAACCAUGUUCACAUCUCACAGGCAACAUAUGAUUUAGUUAAGGACAUGAAUUUCGAGUUGACUAAGCGUGGUGAAACAUUCCUUAAAGGAAAGGGCAAACAGAUGACAUACUAUGCAUCUAGUAGUAUCUUUGUUCUGAAUCACUCAGAUAUUUCUGUUUAA